AUGGUAGAGAAGCGUCCUUUUGUGUACAACGUCGAAAAACUAAUCUCCGACACAAAAGAAUUCUACGUCACCGAUGACGUCGCCAGGAAGCUGUACAUUGUCUUCAACAUUUCCUGUCACGGUAUCCUAGCAACGGUCGGCGCGGUGACCAACCUCAUCAACAUGGUGAUUUUUCUCAAGCUGGGUCUCAAAGACAGCAUGUCUGUUGGUGUCUUCGCGCUGUCCUUCACGGAUUUCCUGGUCACGUGUUUCCAGAUGGCCGGAAGUUGUUCUUUUCUGGCCAACAUCAUUUACCCAGAAUGCCCCGUAUGCCACACUCUGGGAAUGUACAUUUUUAGCUGGGCAGGGUACAUAACCUACUUAAUUUCAUGCUGGAUAACAACAGUGAUCUCCCUUGAAAGGUGUGUCUGUGUUAUCGCCCCUUUCACGGUAAAAGUGUUGUUUACAAGAAAGCGCUGUGUCUUAACAAUCGUUGCAAUUUACUGUGUGCAUAUAACGAUCCAUAUCCCUAUGUUCGCCCUGGUUUACGUUGAAUGGGAUUUGACUGAACAAUUUAAAGACAACACAGAAAAUUUAACUUCCCCGCGAGAAGAGAAUCUACGCAUUGUGUCUACGGAUAACUCUGCAGAAUGGGAGAUAAUUUCAGAUUUAAUAGCUGGCGUGGUUCUGUCCCUUAUUUCUCAAGCCAUUAUAUUCGUCUGUAGUUUUUGGAUGAUCUACGAGUUGAAGAAAUCAUCAAAGUUCCGCAGUGUAAAGAAAGAAAAGAACUAUAAAUCGAGUGAAAAAUUUCCCAACCAGGGGUUAGUUUAUAAUAGACACAUCGAGGCAGGCAACUCAUCAGUGCUUGAAAGACCGAACGCAAAGGGAGACAACUUAUCACCAAGAGAGAAACGUCUAGUUAAAGUGGUUGUCUUUCUUGCCAUCAACCUGUCCGUGUGCAACGUCCCGAGGUUCGUGACGACAGCCGUGUGGCACGUGAUACCCGGCAUGAACGUCGGGGCCUACUAUAACUUGAGUACACUUUUAUGGGAGCUGGCGUACAUGUUUGGUACACUAUGUUGUACAUCCAACUUUUUUGUGUACUACAUUCUUAACUCUAAUUUUAGAAAAAGCUUUAAAGAUAUAUAUUUUAACUCUCCAUUUUAA